ACCUUAAUUGAACCCACAAACUUACGCAGUCUUUUUAUACCCUAGCCAUGGCCCCAGUCUACCAUAAUAGUGCAUAUUGUUCCUGACAGCUUUGCCCUGGAAUGGAUGCAAGUUCCCGUUGGGACUUCAAGCGCCGUCUCAACGAUGCCGUGGUACCGACUUUGCACACGAUGUGACGUCAGCUGGAAUAUCGCAACAACACGAACGCCAUGCUGGGCAAAGAGCACGCUCGAAGUGGGGAUCACCGUCCUGCCUAUUCUGGGCUACCUUUGCGUCAUUAUCGAAUCCAGUCUGUUCCAUAGAGUCCAGCAGCCCUGCGCAAUCCGCCGUGGAACAAACCUCAUACUACAUCCGCGGAAAAGCAGACGGCUUGAAGACACGGUAGUCGAUGCUUUGAGAAUCUUAGUUUUCCAUAAUAUGCAGGCUCUAGUACACGGUGUACUAUGCGAAUAAGCUGCUUUGGUAACGCUCCCACGCUGAAGUCGACAUCUCUGCUCCCGAGCACGCAAUACGGGCCCUAUCCGCUUUUAUUGGGUACUAGUGC